AUUUCAAGAUACUUUCCCUCGGUCUUCUCCUUCUGAUUUUGUCUGGGAAAAAAUGUGUGGGCUUUUCUUUGUCCUGGUGAUGUGCACAGCAGGUGCCUCCGCUUUUAGAAUCCAGCAAGUCAAAAGCACAGAAAACUGCCCAGAUCACACCGUGUUUUUCAAACACUACUAUGAACUGCACGGAGAACCUGUGGUUCUGAAAUGCCCUUCCCCCAGAUACAAACAUUUGGAUAUUUCUGCCUUGACCCCUAAUAUCACAUGGUAUAAAAAUAGUUCAAAAUCCAUGAUAUCAGGAAGAGAUGAAGAUCCAAGAAUCUGGGCAAAAGGAGAUGCACUCUGGUUUUUACCAGCAAUGCUAGAAGACUCAGGAGUAUAUAUCUGCACCAGAAGGAACUCCUCCUACUGCGCCGAGGUCUCCAUCCACCUCACGGUCGUGAAGAAAACAGCUGCUCGGGAGAUCGCCUAUCUCCAGGUCCUCUUCACUUUCACCUCUGGAAAGAUUGUUUGCCCUGACCUGUGGGAUUUUACACCAAAUAGGACAAGCUUGGAGCUCAAGUGGUACAAGGAUGCUCUGCCUUUGGAAGAAAACAAUGAAAAAUUCUUAAUUCUGAAGGGUUCAGCAUCUCUGAUCAUGACUUCUGUGGUACCAACAGACGCUGGCUAUUACACCUGCAAGAUGUCAUUCCCAUAUGAAGGUGUAAUGUACGAAAUCACCAGAACAAUUCAGCUGGAGACUGUUG